AUGUGGCUGGCAGGGAUACGUAGCUUGAGAUAUCAGGGCUCGUGCUGGGCCCGUCAAGGCGUUCCCACGACCGCAGCAGAACACCGUGUACCAAGCUAUUUGGGGCAAGGCCGAUUUUUCUGGCGUUUGAGCGGCAGGAACUGCGGCUCAAGAAUAGUUGCAGAUAUUCAUGGCGGUGCUGCAGGGUGUUCGAACGGCUGUCGAUUUGGCACUUUGCCGUGCCGAAGUCAAAGCCGACCGGUAGACCAGGAGAGCGCAAUGAAGCAAAGCGUUACGAAAUCGACGCACAGGCCUAGAUCUGGCCGCCGACUGCGCUCGUGUCUGCAUUUGCCCUGUUUGUCGGCAGAAUUCGCGGAAGAUACAAGCAUCUCUGCACCACUCAAACCUAUUAGGAACAAGGCCAUGGAGCACAACAGUAUCCAGAGUUCACUGCGAUGUCGACCUCAUCGCCGUUUCCGUCUCACUGGGUUUAAGUGUGUCACCAGUGACAAUUCCUGUCUCUCACUUCCGGCAUCAUCGGCCUUGAUUCACUCCGUCGAGCAACCACUAGAUUAA